AUGGCAUCGAGAAGAGGAGGAGGUCAUAAGAAAUUCAAGGAAAAAUCUCAUAAGUACGAGGACAAGCCGGACAAACAAGUUGACUUUCCAGUUAGACUAUGCAUGUGGUACUUUGACUAGUGUGAUCCCAAGAAAUGCUCAGGCAUGAUACUAAAAAAGCACGGACUUCUAUCAACCUUGACUAAGCAGGCCAAAUUCAGUGGCAUAGUAUUAACACCUACAGCUACUAAAAUGGUCUCGCCAGAGGAUAAAGAGAUUAUCUAAACUGCUGGAGUAUGUGUCAUUGAUUGUUCAUGGCAGUUUUUCGACUCAGUAAAGGUCAAAUCCAUCAAGAAGAACGAAAGACUGCUUCCGUACAUGUUAGCAGCAAAUCCUGUCAACUACGGGAAAGAGAUCAAGCUUACUUGUGCUGAAGCUCUUGCUGGUGCUCUAUAUCUAUCUGGAUUCUAAGAAGAGGCAGAGUAGGUUAUGGACUGCUUUAAGUGGGGUGGAGCAUUCUUCUUUUUGAAUGAGAUUUACUUUGAGAAGUAUGUUAAGGCUCAGACCUCAGAUGAGAUGAUGAUAGCUCAGGAAGAAAUGCUUAAGGAAUUAGAUGAGUUAAGAGAGUAGAACAGGAAUAGAGAGAUUGAAAUGCCUUCAAGUUCUUCAGACGAAGAAGAAGAUGAAGAUGAGGAGCAAGAUUUAUAGUAAAAUUAGAGAAAUGGAGACAUGCCAUCUAGCAGUAGCGAAGAGGAUGAAGAUCACGAAGAAGAGUAGAAAUAAGAAGAGGAAGAGAGGAAAGACUAUGAAAAAGAUGAUUCUAAUUAGAAUGAGAAACAAUUAGUUAAUGUGGAAUCUCAAAUAACUUAAUAAGUAUAAGAUGAUGAUACUAAAGAGACUGUAGACAUCUAAUAGAAGUUCGAAUACUUAAGUUUACAGAUCAGAGCAAUUGAGGACUCAAAGAGAAAGAGAGACUUCAAGCAGAGGUCAAAGCGUAGAUUCGACACUAAGAAGAAGAAGAACGCUAAUGAGUCUGAUAAGUACGUAUAGAGAAAGAGAUAGAAGUAGGAGUCUACAGAUAAGGUUAAGGAAAAGGAGAUCGAGGAGAUCAUGGAAGAUGAGGACGAAGAGCUAGAGAGAGAGUUAGCUAGAGACCAAGAUCUCGGAAAUGAAGAUAACUUUGAUGAGAGCGAGUUCUAGAAGUACGGAGAUGAUCUAAACUUGCCAGAGAGCGAUGAGGAAGAGUCUUAAGAUGAAGAUGAAUACAUGAGAGAUGCUGCUGGAGAGGAGACUGACUCAGAGCUUGAGGAUUACUAUAGAGAGCUAGGUAUUUAGGAUGAGGAAGACUUCAGCAAGUCUAAGAAGUCUAAAGACUCAGGAGAGUACAAGGUCUCUAAAAAGAAGUCCAAGGUAGCUGAAGUAGUUUAGAAGAAAGAAACUGUAGAGCAGACCAGAUCGAGACUUCUAGAGUAGAUGAUUACGAAUACCAAGGAGAGCCCCAAUUAUAAUAGCAUUACUAAGAUCAUUAAGAUUGUUAAGCAGGUAUUCAAUGUGAGCCAAUAGAAAGAGGACGAUGAUGAGGAGCAAGCUCAAGAAGGUGAGUAAACUAAGAAGAAGAAUAAAAGGAAGAAGGACAAGAAGUUCAACAUAGCAGCUAUCCUUGACAGUGCUCAGUAUAAGAGACUGCUGAUCUUCUUCGCCUCAGAAGUACCAAAUCUAAUCUUGAAGCUAUGCAACAUCAACUUGAAAGUGCCCACCAAUGACAAGCACUUGAAAGAGUAUGAUUUGAAGAAGGUAUUCGGGCAUUUGAGUGCUAAACAGCAACUACUUCUCAAGACUUACUCAGCCAACUACAGCAGACUCCUGCAGCAAACCCUAGAGGAGGGCUCAAGCAGCGCUUUUAUUGAGGAAUUCUUAGUAAACGGUAUUCAAGUGGCUCAAAUAUGUCUUCCCUUUGGAGUGUAUAAGAAAAAACUGUGUGCAAGUUGUGCUUAGAUUAUCGGUCAAUACUCGCAGUCAGAGGAGAGCACUCAGAUGCUGGCAUUCUAAACACUUAGAGCUGUGAUUUGCUGGAACAAUCCCAAGCAAGACUCUGCUCUGUUCGAAUUCGCUGCAAAGUUCACAAAAGAAAGCAAGAACGGCGGAGGUGGAUUCCAAGUUCAAGACAAGAUUAGAGUUGCUUAGAACUGCUUCGUUGAACUACUAGGCUUGAAUACCUCAAGUGCAUAUCAACUUGGCUUCCUGUAUACCAAAGACGGAAUAAAGAAUGUGUAUUCGUGGUAGUUCUACAACUGCUUGAAACUUCUCGCUCUAGCCAUUAUCAGGCAUCAAUAAGAGCUUUCCCUGUUGGUUCACCCGUUUGUGCAACUAGCUAUUGGCACAAUGAGACUAUCCUCUAACAUAAAGUACUUCCCCUUCCACAUAAAGUUGUUCCACUUGAUGUCAAUGAUAAACCAGCACACCAAGCAGUUCAUCCCCAUCGCUCAGUACCUGCUUUACCCCUUCGACAUGCAGAACGAGCUGCUCAACACCAAGUCCAAGCCUCUCCAGGACAAGAUGAUCCCAGAAACCCUGAUUUCACUUAAAAUCGCAAAGAAGCACCAGGAGACGCAGGAGAUGAAGGACCGCAUUGUGAAGGAGAUUCUUGAAGAGCUGACUAUAUACUACGCCAAUAACAGCAAGAACAUCAGCUUCCCCGAGAUUAUCGUGCCUGUGGGCGUUCUCCUGAGGAAGUUCAAGAAGCACACCACUAACAGCGGCUAUCGCAAGAUUGUAGCAGCGUUUAUGGACUAGCUGAAGAAGAACGAGGACUACAUAAUACAAAAGAGAGCAGCUAUGAAGGACAAGUCUCUCAAGAACUUAUUCAAUGUGGUGCAGAACUUUGACAACUCUUUUGGAAAGGACGAGCAGACUCCUCUUGAAAAGGAAAAGGCAAAGAUAGAAGAAGCGAGAAUGAGGUCUCUAAUCAUGAGAAUGGAAGCUAUAAAGAAGCAGUGA